AUGUGGAGAGCGAUAAGGCCCUUUGGGGGGCUUGGCCCUGUAGCGGUGUUACAGAGGCUACCGGGCCCGCGGCACAAUGUCGCCGUGAGGCUUCAGGUGAUGUCCAGGGCCAGAUGCGGCUGGCAGUGUGUGCGUGCGACAUCUCGACUGACAGUGCCGGUGUGCAGGCAAAGCCGGGCGUACAGCGCUGCCCGUGUGGGCGGCGAGGGAACGCCUUCGCCGCGGGACAAGGAGCAUGAGCAGGAGCGCAAAGUUGAAAAGCGACCGGCGGAGCCGUCGCGCGCGCAACCCGCAAAGCCAGCCGGCUGGCACGAGGUGUUCCGGCUCUUGCGAUUGGUGAAGCCCGACUGGAAGUUGUUGCUUGCGGCGUUGGGGCUCCUCACGAUAUCUUGCUCGAUUGGGAUGGCGGUUCCGAAGGUUAUUGGGCUUGUGCUAGAUGCCACGAAAGACGCAGUCGCACAGGCAGAAAAGAACGAAACGGGCGCGCCGAUGUCUUUGCUAGACAUGCCGCCUAUCAUCGGGAACUUCACGCUAGUCGACGUGCUUGCUGCGUUUGCGGGCGCGUUGCUCGUGGGCUCCGCCGCGAACUUCGGGCGGAUGUUCCUCUUGAAAAUGCUUGGUGAGCGUUUGGUUGCGCGGCUACGUGCGCAGGUCAUCAAGAAGACGUUGCAUCACGACGCGGAGUUUUUCGACAGGAACAAGGUCGGCGACUUGAUAUCGCGGCUUGGUUCCGACGCCUACAUUGUAUCGCGCUCGAUGACGCAGAACAUUUCGGACGGGGUUAAAGCCGCGCUCUGCGGAGGCGUCGGUGUGGGCAUGAUGUUCCACAUUUCGAGCACAUUGACUUCUGCAAUGAUAAUGUUUGCCCCUCCCCUCCUCAUCGCCGCCACCAUCUACGGCAAGCGCAUUCGCGCCAUCUCGCGCGAGCUCCAGCAAUCUACAGGUAACUUGACGCGGGUGUCAGAGGAGCAGUUCAAUGGCAUCAAGACCAUCAAGUCAUUCGUCGCGGAGGGAAAGGAGAUGCGGAGAUACAACACGGCCGUGCGGAGGCUCUUCAACGUUGCAAAGAGGGAAGGUAUAACGAGCGCGACGUUUUUCAGCGGUACGAAUGUGUUGGGCGACGUGAGUUUUUUGCUUGUUUUGGCGUAUGGGUCGCACCUCGUUUUGCAGGGCGAACUAUCCCUUGGGAGCUUGACGGCGUUCAUGCUCUACACUGAGUACACUGGAAGCUCGGUUUUCGGUUUAUCGAACUUUUACUCAGAGUUGAUGAAGGGCGCUGGUGCUGCUUCGCGCUUGUUCGAAUUGACAGACUACAAGAACUCCGUGCCGUCUACCGUUGGCCAGACGUUUGUGCCGCGCGAUGGUCGCAUCGAGUUCAAGGACGUGUCCUUCAGCUACCCCACGCGGCCGACGAGCCAGAUCUUCAAGAAACUCCGCCUCACGAUAACCCCGGGCUCCAACGUCUGCAUCGUCGGGCCCUCCGGGCGGGGCAAGUCCACCAUUGCGUCCCUCCUCCUACGGUUUUACGAUGCCAACAGCGGCACCAUCCUCAUAGACGGUCAGGACAUAUCCAAGGUAAGCGCCAAGUCGCUCAGAAAACAUCUUGGCGUUGUCCAGCAGGAGCCGGUCUUGAUGUCCGGGACCAUCAGAGACAACAUCACCUACGGCCUUUCCUACACGCCCUCCAUGGAUGAGAUACGCGCAGUUGCCAAGAAGUGCUUCUGCCAUAACUUCAUCACCAAGUUCCCGGACGGCUAUGACACCGUGAUUGGGCCUAGAGGCGCCCUACUCAGCGGGGGCCAGCGCCAGCGCAUUGCCAUCGCCCGCGCGCUCAUCAAGAAACCGAAAAUCCUAAUCCUCGACGAGGCCACCUCGGCGUUGGACGUUGAAAGCGAGGGCGCCAUCAACUACACCCUCGGCAGGCUAAUGCGCAGCAAGGAGAUCACCAUCGUGAGCAUCGCCCACCGCCUCAGCACCAUACGCCGCUCCGAGAACAUCGUGGUUCUCGGCAAUGACGGCUCCGUCAUCGAGGCCGGCAAGUUUGCCGACCUAUACCGUGACGAGGACAGCGAGUUGUUCAAGCUAUUGAACGAACACGCGUCGGAGCCUGCGAAGCCCGAGGCGUCUCCAGCUCCUGCCCAGGAAGAGGCUUCCGCUCCACAGGCCGCAGACAUUCCCCGCGAUAUCGAGGGCGGAAAUCUUCGCCUAAAUGAAGAGGUCAUAAAGCAUGUGCUGGAGGACACGGCCCGUGCCCCAAUGCCUUAA